GAAUAAAAAAAGGGGGGAAAAGACGAACCCUAAAAUUUAAAAAAGGCUAUUGCCUCCUUUGAAGCUCUUCUUCCAAUUUUGGUGCUGCCAAUCUGAAAGGCAAGGCUGAAGGUGCUGUGUUUCUCUUAUUGCUGCUGCUGUCUCAUACCAUUCGCUAUCGAUUUGCUUCAGUAAUUGUACAGAGCUUGAGAGAGAAUGAAGAUGAUGGUUUAAUUCGUUUAAUUACCCAAUCGACAAAAGGGUCGGUGUACAAUUUUCCACAUGCCUCGUUACAAAGAUGAUCCGCCCGCGGUUCGCGUCUAUACAGUCUGUGACGAUUCCAGUUGAAGUUGAAAACUAUCUUGCCACAAACACAAAUUUAUCCCCGAAAAGGAAAUAUUGUUCACGGAUAUUUGAUUGUGAGAAACGUUCCCGCGUUGGGAUGUGGCGAUGAUUUGCCGAAACUCUUUGCUAAUUACGGAGAUGUUGAAGAAUGUAAACCAAUGGAUGCAGAAGACUGUGAGCAAUUUACUGAUGUUUAUUGGAUCGAAUUUCAACUCAUUAGCAAUGCCAGCUCAAAGAUCUAAAGGGCAUCCAGUUCAUCACAUGCUCUCUUCCAAGGAGGCAGCUCAAUUGCUUUCUGCUUCAUUUCAGCAUAUUCCUGAUCAGAAAAAUUAUCAUCCGAGGGAUGCUGGAGAUUCAGAGUUCAAGUCUCACAGUAACAAUGCUCAAAUAACAAGAGUGUCAUCUGACAAGGACUGCUUCCCUUCCCAGUCCAUGAAUCAGACAGUUAAAGCAGUCCGGGACAAACUCAAUAAGAUUCAAUCAAACACUGAACAUUUGCAAGCUGGACUGCACCCAAGAAAAGAAGAGUAGACAAUAGAAGAAGAAUAUGAUCAAACCUUACUUUUAGGGGUGGAUAGAAAAAGCAUGUGUAAAUAUCUCGUUGGCAUUGAAAUGUCUACUAUUGAGGUUGAAACUUGAUUCUAUUUCUCUCCUUUUUUAUUUUUUUCCGAAGUGUGAUGUUUGGCGCGUUGACCUUCAAGGAAUUUCUAACUAUUUUGAAAAACUUAGCAUCUGCUUACUAUAAAACCACUUGUAUCAUUGUGGUUUUAGGGUGAAAACUAAAUUAUCUUAUUAUGAAAUUAACACUAUUGUUUCAUCCAAAA